AUGGACGUUCAAAGUCAUAGGUUCCUAUAUAGAAUAAAAAGGAAAGAUCAGUUUUUCAUUCUGAGUGAUGACGAGGUGUCAGUGUUAUUCUGUUUUCUGUGUUCUGACUCUGGUCCUCCUGUUUUCACUGACACAGAGUGGCUGGACUUGCUUAAUGUGAUACGGCAGAGAGUGUACUGUAAAUAUGAUCCUGUAACACGUGAUGAAGCACAGCAGAUUCUGGAUAGUCUGAAGUCAUAUGAUUACCUUUGGGAUGAUCAGGACAAGAUCACGAAAGACACAAAGGAUGAGACCAUUUAUAAAAUAGCAUUAAAAGGCCGUGAAAUACCAUUCUAUUACAGUAGUUAUGACACAGCCAGUUUGUAUCUGAGAUCAUACAAAUACAACAGAAAACCUGGAGAGAAGUGUGUCAGUAGAGUCGUUGAAUCCUUACUGAUACUCCGUCUACAGAUGAACAUACUGACUCACGUCACUAUGGAGGACACAAGUAUAUAUGAUAAAAUACAUCAACUAUUGAAUGUGUCAAACCAAAUACUAAAGGAGAAUGAAGAUAAAAGAAAAGAAUUUGUAAUGGAACUAAGAAAAGGAGGAGAGAUUGUACGUUACAAAGGAAGAUCACAGGGCAGUGUAGAUCACAUGAAGUGGCUUUGGAGAUACGGGGUCUGGGCAAGACCUGACAUCGUGAGAUCCUUUAUAGGCCGUCAUCCACACAAUGACAUUUACAUCAUCGACAAGAAAGCUUACAGAAAACCAAGUAAACUCGAUAAGUAUUCGUCAAAUAUCCGAUGUCUACUGUUCUGCUUACUGAUGACAGAGAAGUAUCAGUUAAAUCUCAAUGUACAAUCACACAGAAUCACAAGGGACAAAAUCAGACAGAGGUAUUUCCCUGAUAUUACUGAUGACGGUUGGGUAGAUCUUCCUGAAGAAAUUAUAGAAACACGUGAUGUUGUGAUAACGUUUAUAUCAGACGACAUCCGACAUGACGUCAUGUACGCCUUUGUUACUGAGUGUCUGGUGAAGGACAGUGAUCUGAAGUUUUUCCUGAUCACGGCGUCACGUGACGUUAUAUCAGAGUACUGCAGAUCCUGGGAUUAUAAGAAAAGUGAGGGAGAGAGAUGUCUGUAUGUACCGGACAGACCGGAGAAGAUGUAUGACCUCUUCAUAGACAAACUACAACUGGACAUCAUCUCACACUGCACUGUGUCUGACGAGGGGAUUCAUAACAGGAUCAGUAACAAGUUGGGAGUCCCAGAAGAAGUACUACAAUGGGACCAGGAGGCCAGAGAGCGGUAUGUGGAGUACGCUAAGAGAGGAACACAGACAGUCCACCACGCCCGGGGGAUGAUUGUAGGAUGUGCUGGGGCGGGGAAAACCACGCUACUUAAACGUCUGCUUGGUUGUAGUGAAGAAGAAAUUAAGAAAAUAAAAUCCACUGAGGGAUUGGAGGUGCAUGAGGAAAUAUUUGACAUUUGUGAUGAAACAAGAUCAUUAAAAGCAAAGAAAAGCAAGAAUAACAACGAGAAAAUAAAUGCUACAAACGUUGACCCUACGACACUGACAUUCUAUGACUUUGGGGGACAGUGUGCGUACUACGCCUGUCACCAGAUUUACCUGACCAGGAGAGCUUUCUAUAUUGUGGUGGUGGACGCUUCUAAACGUCUUGACCAGAAGGUGGAUAAGGAAGUGUGUGAUCAAGAUGGAAGCGUAUUCUGUGGAUGGACCUAUGGAGACUAUUUUGAGUUCUGGAUAAAGUCUAUACACACCUACUGUGGUUCUGACAAUGAAAAAGAUACAAAGCCCGUAGUUAUAAUUGUAGCAAGUCAUUGGAAAGAAGGAAUCAGACAGUUCAGGGAUUCAAAUCAACUGAUUGAGAGCUUGCGCCAUCAAUUUCCAAAGACAUCCAAUUUAUCACAGUACAUCACAGGCGAUAACGUUUAUUGUGUAGAUUUUACUUUACCUCUCCAUUAUUUAGAAACUUGCUUCUUCAACAUAGCUUCCAAUCAACGAUGGAGAGAAAGCAUUCCAAAAGAAUGGUCUUUCUUUGGAAUAGAAAUUAACCAGAAAAAGCACUCGGAGCGGAUCUUGAAAAUCUCAAAUUUAACAACGGAAAUUCCAGGGAUUACGGCUAAAGAAAAGAUGGAUUCAGAUAAAGCUGAAAAGGGUGCACAAGACAUGCUGAGAUAUUAUCAUGAUGCCGGAAAAGCUUUAUAUUUUAAUGAAAAUGGUCUAGGAGAAGAGGUUAUUAUUGACGUCCAAUGGUUUAUUGACGCCUUCAAACAUAUCAUCACAGACAAGCUUCAUUUCAUAGGUAUCCCUGUCACUCAAGAUGACUGGGAUGAAUAUUAUGAGACUGGAAAUUUGCGGGACCGGCUUCUGAUAGAAAUUUGGAAACAUAAAGAUAAAGAAUUGUUUGAAAAGCUGAAGGAAGAAGACCAAGAUUAUAAAAUUAAAUUUGGAUCAUAUAAGGAAGAUAAACGAUAUCUGCAAUUUCAUAGGAUAUCACUUCUCAGUUUUAUGCAAAGACUUGGUUUACUGGCCCUUGGUACAAAGUCCCACUAUGUUCCAUGCAUGAACAGGAAAGAAGUGGAGUGUCAUCUUUCAAAUCUGAUUAACAAUUCGCACAGUAAAACGUCAGUACUUAUUUAUCGAUUUGACUUCUUACCGUUUUUCUUGUUUUAUCGACUUACUAUCCAUUGCAUGCAAGAAGAUGGUUGGAAUGUACUACAAAAUCAAGGUACAUCUUGCCUCUACAAAAACGCCGCUUUGUUCUCGUGUAAGGAAACAAACUUCCUUUUGUCCGUGACAGAAGAGUCUAUACAACUUCAGGUAUUCUGUUUGAUACCAGGACGUAAUUUGGAAAGGACAAAAACGUGCAAGAUUCAAGAAAGAAUUGAAGACCUGUUAAAUGAUUUAGCGGGAACAUUUCAUAGAAAAAUAGAGUUUGUAAGAGGUUUCAGAUGUCAAAUAGACGAAGAAAAAGUGAUUGCUGUUGAUAUCAAAGGACAUUUCUUACUAGAAAAAAAUUACAUUCCAAAAGAAGACUGUAAAAUGAUGUGCCCGUUGCAUACGAUUUCAGAUCAGCAUGUCAUUGAUACAGCUGAGUUUACUAGAUAUUGGAAAUUGGAAAGAGAAACCGUGCCUUAAAAUUUCAAAAAAAAUAGAAUAUUUUUUAAUUUAAUUCUAAAUUGUUGAUGGCUUACAAAUUUUUAAAGUAACUUGUAGCUCGUUUCACUUAUUGGGCUCGUUGUUUUAUUGUCCCUCAGCUUAAAAGAUAGGAUUAUGUGGAAAUCCUCCUUAUCUCGUUAUUCAUCUUUCCUUCUGUUUGCAUUGUCGUGUGAACUGUUUAAAAUUCUCGACUUCAUAAGAAUAACCAGAAAAAAAAUUACAAAUGUUGGCACAUAGCAUCCUUAGGUAAAGGGCAAUGAAAAGGAACCAUAUAUAAGAUUGGAAUAUGUAAUGAUUUCUUUUUUAUUAUUUUUCUUAAACUCCCCCUUAAUUACUGCAGGACUAAAAAUACUAACUUCAACUCUCUGCCCUUGCACCUUUAAGUAACGCAUGUACAUAAUUUAUUAAUCGAUGUCAACUUUCAAUAAUCAGAUUCACCCACACAGAUAUGUAAUAAAUUACGAAUAUAUUGUACAUACAAUAUAAAACGAGGUCAACCGUCGAUCAUUAGAUGAAAUAUUAGGUUUAUAUUAGUGUAUAUACAUAGAUCAUGUAGAUAUAUACAUGUAAAAAAAAAUAAUAAAUUGAACCCGAAUAAUAAUUUAAUUUAUAUGUUUCAUAUUUCAACAUUUUAAGAUAGCAUCCAGGUGGCCAGUUCAUCUGUCCGUCUCCCAUACCAUGUAUGUG